AUGUCCGCAUUUAUGACUGAUCUUCCUGCACAUUCAAGCACCGGGUCAAAUGGCCUCUUCACUUGUUUGUCAUGUCAAAUCAAAUUUCCUUCUGCAGAGAUGCAGAGAAUUCAUAUGAAGACGGAAUGGCAUCGCUAUAACUUGAAGAGACGAGUGGCUGAACUUCCUGCGGUCGAUGCUGAAGUUUUUGAGCUCAAAGUUCUUCAACAGAGAGUAAGAGAAGAGCAGUAUGAUGAGUUUGGGUUUGUCAAGCUCAAAGAAAAGACACCUAAGAAAACGCUUCGGGAACGUCGUAUAGCUAGAUCAGGCCGACCCAAUAUACAGAGGGUAGUGGAAAGGUCGUUAAGUCCGGUCUCGGCGAUCUCGAGUGCAAGCACGUUCACUUUGGGAACUGCCAGUGAAAUUACUGAAGUCGGCUUUGCAGAGGAUCUUUUGUCGGAAGGGGUGACCACGGAUACAGAGAGAUAUUUUUCAACGGACGAAGAAGAGGGAGAUUUUGACUCCGAUCUGAAUGCAAAAGAGAUUGAAGAGUUUGACCUCGAUGAAGAGGACCAGGAAAUACCUGUAACUGCCUGCUUCUAUUGCGAUCAAAAGAGCAAUCAAUUGGAAACAAACGUCAAUCAUAUGUUCAGAAAGCAUGGAUUAUAUAUUCCCGAGAGAUCAUACUUGGCAGAUAUUGAAGGACUAUUGAGCUAUAUCUCAAAUUCGAUCGCUUUGGACAAACAAUGCUUGAAAUGUGGCUUUAUCGGAAAGAACCUCGAGAGUAUCAGACAGCAUGUCAUAGAGAAAGGACACUGUGUGCUACCAUAUGAAACCAAAGACGAAAGGGAUGCAGUCAAACAGUUCUACAAUUUUGAUACAACGUUAGAGCAACAUAAAGGUGAGAAUAAGAGUGUCACGUUUGAAGAGAUUGAUGAUGUCAUUGAAUGUUGGACCUCUGAGUACACUACAGCUACUCUGGACGAGACUGGAACACAGCUCUGUCUUCCAAAUGGAGUACGACUCGGAAAUAGAAAAUAUGCUAGAUAUUACAAGCAGAAUAUCCCGGACAUUAGGGAUAAAGUUAUACUAGAAAGCGAGAAAACAGUGGCUACCGUCUAUGCUAAAGCAGACGAGUUGAACCGGUUGAGAGAAAGGCUCAGAAAGCAAGAAAUCAGAGAGAUCGGCAUUAUUGAAAUGAGAGGCAGGUCAAGAGAUAUAGCUAGACAGUUGAAGAAGUGCAAUAACAACAAAUACUUUCGUGACGAGAUAUUAUGA